UUUUAAGUCCUUUCUUCCAUACAGGUGAGAGUUUGUGGGUCCACUGCCUACGUUGCCCAGACAUCAUGGAUCCAGAACGGGACCAUCCAAGAAAACAUACUCUUCGGAUUGCCCAUGAACAGUGCAAGAUACAAGGAGGCAAUCAGGGUGUGUUGCCUGGAGAAGGACUUGGAAAUGAUGGAAUUGGGGGACCAGACCGAGAUUGGAGAGCGAGGUAUCAACCUGAGUGGUGGCCAGAAGCAGCGGAUUCAGCUUGCCCGGGCUGUCUAUCAGGACUGUGACAUCUACCUCCUCGAUGAUAUCUUCAGCGCCGUCGAUGCCCAUACUGGCCCAGAAAUAUUCAAGGAAUGUGUAAGGGGAGCUCUCAAAGAUAAGACCAUUUUGCUGGUGACCCAUCAAGUAGACUUCCUACACAAUGCCGAUCUCAUACUGGUGAUGCGAGAUGGGAUGAUUGUACAAUCAGGAAAGUAUGACGAGAUGCUAGGAUCUGGCACGGAUUUUGAAGUGCUCGUCGCCGCCCAUGACACUUCCAUGGAGCUGGUAGAGAAGGGCAACACUAUGUCCACUGACAAUCAGCAACAACCAAAUGCAUUUAAGCCGGCUAUGAAUCAAGGCCAAUCCAAUGGGGAAAAUGGGUCCGUAGACUCGCCCAGGACCGAAAAGGGGACGUCCAAGCUCAUAGAGGAUGAGCAGAGAGAGACCGGCAAUGUCAGCUGGCUCGUUUACAAGCAGUACAUCACAGAGGCUUAUGGGUGGUGGGGUGUGCUGAUGGUGUUGGGAAUUUCUCUAGUAUGGCAGUUGGCCCUCUUGGCGAGUGACUAUUGGCUGGCAUUCGAGACGUCAGACGCGGCCUCAUUUAAGCCAGUCUUGUUCAUUCGUGUAUAUUGUAUCAUUGCAGCAGUUUCGAUUGUGUUGGUGACAAUCAGGGCCUUUCUCCUCGCAGUUAUGGGGCUCCAAACAGCUCAGAAAAUUUUCAAGCAGAUUCUUAACAGCCUCUUGCAUGCUCCCAUGUCAUUUUUCGAUACAACGCCUUCUGGAAGGAUUCUGAGUCGGGCAUCAACAGACCAAACUAACAUUGAUAUCUUCCUCCCAUUCUUUGUGGGUCUUACAGUUUCGAUGUACAUCACAGUGCUUAGCAUUAUCGCCAUCACGUGUCAGGUUGCUUGGCCCACAAUUAUACUCAUAAUUCCACUAGCUUGGUUGAAUUUCUGGUACCGGGGAUAUUAUCUCGCAUCCUCGCGUGAACUGACUCGCCUUGAUUCAAUCACAAAAGCACCUGUUAUUCAUCAUUUCUCGGAGAGUGUAUCUGGAGUCAUGACAAUCCGGUGCUUCAAGAAGCAGGCAAGGUUUUGUCAAGAGAAUAUAGAAAAGGUUGAUGCAAAUCUACGUAUGGAUUUCCACAACAAUGGAUCCAACGAGUGGUUGGGUUUCCGUCUGGAGCUAAUUGGGAGCUUCAUCCUCUGCAUCUCCGCUUUGUUCAUGGUCUUGUUGCCGAGCAGCAUAGUCAAGCCUGAAUACGUUGGAUUGUCUCUCUCCUACGGACUCUCUCUCAACAGUGCGUUGUUUUUUGCAAUAUGGAUUAGUUGCUUUGUGGAGAAUCGGAUGGUUUCAGUUGAGCGAAUGAAGCAGUUCACAAACAUACCCUCUGAAGCAGCAUGGGAGAUCAAAGACUCUCUUCCUCCUCCAAAUUGGCCCACCAAGGGCGAUGUCGAUCUCAAAGCCUUGCAGCUUAGAUAUCGACCAAACACUCCUCUAGUUCUCAAGGGCAUUACUCUCAGCAUUCAAGGAGGAGAGAAGGUUGGAGUUGUUGGUCGAACAGGGAGUGGGAAAUCGACUUUGAUACAAGCUUUCUUUAGGGUGGUUGAGCCUUCUGGAGGGAAAAUAAUCAUCGAUGGAGUCGACAUUUGCAAGUUGGGCCUCCACAAUCUCAGGUCACGCUUCAGGAUCAUUCCUCAAGAACCUGUUCUUUUCGAAGGGACUGUUCGAAGCAACAUCGACCCUAUUGGUCGGUAUUCAGAUGACGAGAUAUGGAAGAGCCUUGAACGGUGCCAGCUAAAAGAUGUGGUAGCUGGAAAGCCUGAGAAACUCGAUUCAUUAGUGGUUGAUAGUGGUGAUAAUUGGAGCGUGGGACAAAGACAGCUCCUUUGUUUGGGACGGGUGAUGUUGAAGCAUAGCCGGAUUUUGUUCAUGGACGAGGCAACUGCUUCAGUAGACUCACAAACCGACAGUGUUAUUCAAAAGAUCAUCCGGGAAGACUUCUCGGAAUGUACGAUUAUCAGCAUUGCUCACAGAAUACCCACAGUCAUGGACUGUGACAGAGUUUUGGUUAUAGAUGCAGGACUGGCUAAGGAAUUCGACUCACCAACCCGUUUACUUGAACGCCAGUCGCUCUUCGCAGCAUUGGUUCAAGAGUAUGCCAACCGUUCAUCAGGUCUAUAGAAUGUUGCUCCUACCAUUGCUUUUAGGGCCUCAGCAUGCCUAUGCAGAAUGCCAUCGGAGGUGAUUGGUGUUUGAUUCGGUGACUGGAAUGAAGAUUUCACAAGAUAUCCAUUCUUUUUCAGAGUUAAAUGUCCAUAAAUCGCAAAAUUUGAUUCUCUCACAUGUUGAUCUCGAAAGAGAGGUUUGUAGGUGGGCAAUUAUACCAUUUUUAAGAUCUAAGAACAUGAUUUUGUCAUUAUUCUACUUCACUUGAUUACUUUGGAGCAACCUUGUCAAAGAACUGAUAUCAUUAUGCGUAUCUUAGUGCUUGGCUCGAUGUCCAA